ACCUGGUGUCACAGCGAGCGAGCAAGCAGAGAUUAGACAGGACAGUAUAUCGGAUCACACACAGGCCACCUGAUGGAAGAGACAGGAAACAAACCGUACGUAAUUCUAGAUGCAUUUAUACCCUGAACUUCACUGGAAGAAAAAAAAAACCCGACUUGAAACCCCAAAACAAGAAACCUGGAAAUUUCCUUGAUUAGAAGAAUGAAUGAAAAGGACGAAUUUGGUAACAGAACUCAGGAAGAAUAUGAAGACGACUUUGAGAAAGACCUUGACUGGCUGAUUAACGAAGAAGGGAAAAGUGAAAAUGAGGACCCAGAAGGUGAGAAUGACAUUGAAUCACAAAUUGACAAAGAACUGGAAGAAGAAGAGGAGAAAACAAGGGGAGAGUUGCUGGAAAUCAAAAGUCUAAAUCCUGCAGAACCCGACCCCGGAGGGGCUGCGGAUGGAAACGGUGACCUCGGUGGAGGAGGAAGCCCACCUUCUCCGGCGGAGCCCUCAGAAGGCUUGUCAGACACAGACAGCGAGGGCUCCCACCAGCGGCUCAGGCCGGAAGAAGGAGUGGACGAGGACGAGCUGGACGAAGAGGCCAAGAAGUACAUCAUGGAGAAGAUCCAGCAGGCCAACCGGCAGCUGGAGGACGAGGAGCCCGCGGACGAGACCCGGGAGCGCAGGCUCAAGUUCAAAGACAAGCUGGUGGACCUCGUGGUCCCGCCUGCCGAUUACGAGGCAGGCAGAGACGGGGAGGGAGACGUCUCGGGGCCGAUGUCCAGGCUGCAGAUCUCGGAGAAGAUAGGCGGGGCCCGGGGCAGCCCCCGGGAGGGCAAGGUGCUGGUGGAAAAGGACGGGAAGUUCGACCUGGUGAGCCUGCGCGAGGUCGAGAGCCAGGGCCUGCUGCCCCCGCUGCCGUGUGCGAGCGGGGAGCCCGACGGGGGCUGGCAGACGUCCCCCCGGCCCCCCUCGGGCCACGGCGAGCCCUGCCCCGCUCACGGCUGGGCCGGCGGCUCCUCCCCCGAAGCCGGCCACGUCCCCAGGCCCCCCCCCGUCCCCAAGGCCCGCCCCAACUCCGCCGGCCACUCGCAGGGGAGGACGAGGAAGAGGACGGCGACCCGCAGGGCGCAGUCCGCCAGUAACCCCCCCGGGCACACCACCUACACCCUCUCUCCUGAACAGAAGGAGCUGCGGCUGAAGCUUGAGCAGCGGAGGGAGAGGCUCAGGAGAGAGGUUAUUUCUUUUGGAUCUUAUUUUAAGGAGGAAGCCAAGAAACGGGAGGAGGAGGAGCAGAAGAGGCAAGAGAACGAGUUGGCCUUCCGGGCCUGGCUGAUGCAAAAGAAGGAGCAGCUCCAGGAGCAGAGGCGAAUCGUCAGGGCUAAAGAGAUGGAAAGAAUGAACAACAGGCCAGAACACCCUGAUCCUCAGGAGGCGUUCAAGCUGUGGCUGAAGAGGAAGCAUGUGCAGCAGUUGAGAGAGAGGCAGAUGGAAGAAAUGAAAAGACUGGAAGAAGAAAGCACCUACUAUAUACAUGACAGGGAGGAGUGUGAAAGAGCCUUUAAACUGUGGCUGAAGAGGAAGAGGGCGGAGAAGCGCACAGAGAGGCUGGCUGCCAGGGAACGCUCGCGCCGGCUGGUGAUGGAGGCCAGGCGAGCUCAGCGCAAGCAGGACCUGCUGUGCACAAUCAGCGAGGCCAAGUCCUCCCGCUUCAUAGACAACUACGGCUAUCGCUUCUGACCUGCUCCCGCGGGCUGCCCGCACCCAGCCGGAAGGCUCACGCCUGGUGCCGGACGACGGAGGCGGAGGACGAAGGUGAGGAGCUACAUGACAUCCUCUCCCGCUGGCCCCUAUAUUUUGUUUUCGUCCAGGAUUGAAAAAAAAAAAUUAAUCGACUAAAGCUGAGGGUAUUAUGAUGAUCAAUUUGGAUCAUUGGACAAAUCCUGAUCAUUCGAGCAUCCAGAAGAGUGGAUUAGGUGAAGAAUGAAGUGACAUUUUACAAUACUUAGCAAAUAGUCUGACCUUCAUACUUUUUUUUUUACCCCAUCAAGACAUUCCUGUGGACAGAAGUUGCACAGAAGCUAAAAAAGAUACAUGAAAAUGUAUUUUAUAUAGUACAAUAAUGUAAUGAGCAGCAGUACUUAUGUAAUUAUUGCAGUGUAUUGUAUUUCUUAAUUUUGAUAUAUUUUGAUGCUGAAACAUCUAGAUGUUAAAAAAGGCAUUUACCUUUUCAUAUUAAAGGGGCAUUGCCGACUCAUUAGAAGUGGAGUUUUCCUAGGAAUAAAAUAAGUUUGUAUUAAAGCCAA